CCUCAGGAGACAGGAGCCGGGGCCCCUCGCCCGGUAUGAAAGCGGGGCGGGCGGGAGGKGGAGGCGGCAGAGAGAGGCAGGCGCUCUUCUUCCUCUCCCGCGACGUGUCCCGCGCGCCUUCCCUGGGACUCACUCAGUCAGAGCCGGCCAGCGAAGGAAGGAGUGAGUGAACGAGCGAGUGAGCGGCCCUCGGGGGAAUCUUUCCGCGCGAGUCUGGGCAGCUCGCUCCUCGGCUUUGAUGGCGCUAGGACCCAGGCGGAGCGCGAGCGGGAGGCCGAGGGAGAGCGCCCCCGGGGCUGCGUGAGUCAGUCCGACCGACCGACCGACCGUCCGACCAUCCGUCCGAGGAGCGCCGUCGGAGUCGAAGGGCAGCAGCGCGCGGUGGAUGAGGCUGGGGCGCGCGGUGGCGAAGUGGAUGGCUCGCGGGCGCCGGGGGAGCGGCUCGAGGGUUCGCGGAAAGCGGGGCGGCCACGGAGAAGAGAGCAGCACCGGCACCAGCUCCUCCUGAAGGGGAUCUCUCUCCACCUGCCCGCCGGAGGUGCAUAGCGUAAUGUCCAUGCUGUGCUACACUCUGAUUAUAGCAUUUCUGAUUGGCAUAUGGGCAGCACCAAAAUCUGAAGAUAAUGCGCCUUUGGGGUCUCCUGCAACAGCUGACAUUUCCGGAAGCAGUCGGACUAAAACACGCCAUAUUAUGAAACCAACCCGGCACAGAGACCAGAACCAACCUGUUGUUGGAAAGGCAGGGGACAGGGAAACUGGACAAGCAUCAAAUGUCUUUGUGGAUCCAAAGCUUUUUCAGAAAAGGCGGUUCCAGUCACCUCGGGUCUUGUUCAGCACUCAGCCACCACCUCUGUCAAGGGAUGGUCAGAGUGUGGAAUUCCUAGACAGCACAGAUUCCCUCAACAGGAAUAUCCGAACCAAGCGGGCAACUCAUCCUGUACAUAACCGGGGAGAAUAUUCUGUAUGUGACAGUGUCAGUGUGUGGGUUGCCAAUAAAACCACAGCAACAGACAUCAAAGGCAAAGAGGUGACUGUGAUGGUGGACGUAAACCUCAAUAACAAUGCUUACAAGCAGUACUUUUUUGAGACCAAGUGCAGAGACCCUAAGCCAGUGUCCAGUGGGUGCAGAGGUAUUGAUGCCAGGCACUGGAAUUCCUACUGCACCACAACACAUACCUUUGUCAAGGCAUUGACCAAGGAUGGCAACCAGGCUGCCUGGCGCUUCAUUCGGAUUGACACUGCCUGUGUGUGCGUAAUCAGUAGGAAAAGUGAAAACCUCUGAGAUUGGCCAAUCCUGCCCUUCCCCCAUUGCCACUUCCACCCGGCCCCCUACCUCAGUCUGUAAAUUAUUUUAAGUUAUGUGGACUCUAUGCUAUAUUUAUAGUUUAUAUAGUAAGGAAAUAUUUAUUAAACUCUUUAAAACUG